AUGUACGAAGGGAUUGACAAUCUGAAAUCCCUUUACGACCGUGCCGGGAAGACUUUCUCCGGCGGUCCUUCUGCGGCACAGGAUGUGUCGCGUCGUACUGCUCGACCAGACCCAGUACGUCAACCAUCAAUUGGGAGCGGGGCUCCCAAGAAUCCCAGGACGGGGGAUAGCCGCGCCACCGGACGAGGUAACUCGUCCGACGUCCGUUCACGUCGCGGUGGUUCAACAGCUGCUCUACUAGAUAGCGCUGGCCACCACGAGAGUCCUCUUAUGGAGGUGGAGGAGGAGGAAAAACGCUCUCCAAACUAUCGUGGGGAAGCGUGUAUCCCCGAGAGCCUCUUUGAUCGCGUAACGCAAGGGUUACGCGGCGAUCUCGAGCAUGAGCGGGACAGGCGUCUCCAACUGGCGGACACUGUCUUGAAGCAUCGAGCUGAGUUUGCCUUUGCGCAGCUUGAGAACGAGAGAGCUCUGACAUCUCUGCGUGACGAGCUAAGGGUAGCUCGUGAAGAUAUUGACCGGUCUCGGGCUGAGAUAACUGCUCUUCAGACCCUUGUCGAUAUCCACCAUCGGGAGCACAAGGCUCUCUGCGAGAUGCUUGAGCGCAAGGGCGUUCUUCAUCGGAAGAAGCAGCGUACUGAUGGUACGGCUUAA